AUCCGACGAUUACUUCCGCCCUUUAGUUUUAUGCCGGAUUGGAAAAGAGCACGCUGUUGUUAGGGCCUUGGAAAAGAGUUCGCCCGAUUCAUAUUUUAAGGAAGACGCUAGCUUUGGUUACUUCUCUGAAAUAGGUGGAGAGACAUCUACCCGUGAAAAUGAAGCCAAUCCUCUUGCAGGGACAUGAAAGGUCCAUAACACAGAUCAAGUACAACAGAGAAGGAGACUUGUUGUUUUCUGCCGCCAAAGAUACUGUUGUUAAUGUGUGGUACUCAGUCAAUGGGGAGAGACUGGGCACUUACAAUGGUCACACAGGUGCUGUCUGGUGUGUGGAUGCCGACUGGGACACCAAGAACGUGCUGACCGGGUCUGCUGACAACAGUUGCAGGCUAUGGGACUGUGAGACAGGUAAACAGUUGGCCCUGCUGGAAACUAGUUCUGCAGUCAGGACCUGCGGGUUCGACUUCAGUGGGAACAUCAUCAUGUUCUCCACAGACAAGCAGAUGGGGUACCAGUGCUUCAUGAACCUCUUUGAUCUUCGGGACCCCCAGCAAAUAGAGGACAACCAGCCUUACGUUUCAGUGCCCUGCAGCGAGUCCAAAAUCACCAGCGCUGUGUGGGGGCCGCUGGGGGAGUUUGUCAUCGCUGGUCAUGAGAACGGAGAAAUCAAUCAGUUCAGUGCCAAGUCCGGGGAAAUUCUUAAAAAGGUGAAGGAGCACUCCAAGCAGAUCAACGACAUCCAGCCCUCAGUGGAUCUCACCAUGGUCGUCACCGCCUCCAAAGACAACACUGCCAAGCUGUUUGACUCUACAUCGCUGGAUCACAUCAAGACUUUCAAGACCGAAAGGCCUGUCAACUCUGCUGCCAUCUCUCCAAUCAUGGACCAUGUGGUCAUGGGUGGUGGGCAGGAGGCUAUGGACGUCACAACCACCUCCACCAGGAUUGGCAAGUUUGAGGCCAGGUUCUUCCAUGCUGCCUAUGAAGAGGAGUUUGGGAGGGUGAAAGGACACUUUGGCCCCAUCAACUGUGUGGCAUUCCAUCCCGAUGGGAAAAGCUACGGCAGUGGUGGAGAAGAUGGCUACGUCAGGCUACAUUACUUUGAUCCACAGUACUUUGACUUUGAGCUGGAAGCCUAAGGAACAGCAGCAAAGUCAGUACAGAGCUGCGAUAAUAAAACCGCUCUUGGAAACAAUAUACAGGACCCACGUAACAUUCCUCAAUUUCAGCUUUGCACACGAACAUCAGUAGGACCGAAUACCUCUGUCGGAGGACACUUUCAAUACUCUUGGUAUAAAAUGAUUUAUGUUGAAUACCCUGAUAACCAGGGCUUAAGCCCUGGUGUUCAUUGACAUUUUGGUGUGCUACUUUGAAAGGGCUUCAGGAAGGCUGUGGAUGAUGAAAAAUAGGUCCUAGAGAACCCUCUAGAACUGACAUGCUACACCUUUGAAAAUUUAUUAAUAAAACGUUUUUCUCCCAA